AUGGAUACUGACCAACUCCCUUACGGAAGCUUCUGGCUGGUGGCCGUAGCCACCAUUCUUAUGUCCUUGAUUCUGAGGCAGGUUCUGGGUGGUAAGGACACCGGAGCCAAGCUUCCUCCAGGUCCAUGGAACCUCCCCAUCAUUGGCAGUCUCCACCACCUCGUCGGCACAAAACUGCCGCCCCACCGCGCAUUCCUCCGCCUGGCGCGCCGGCACGGCCCACUCAUGCUGCUGAGGCUCGGCGAAGUGCCCAGGGUCAUUGUGUCCACCCCCGAGGCGGCGAUGGAGGUGUUCAAGACGAGUGACCUCACCUUCGCGACCCGCCCGAGCGGUCCCACGCUGGACAUCGUCAGCUGCGGGGGCAAAGGCUUUGCCUUCGCGCCCUAUGGCGACCACUGGCGGCAGAUGCGCAAGCUCUGCAUCAUGGAGCUGCUCAGCGCACGGCAGGUGCGCCGGAUGGACUCCAUCAAGCAAGCCGAGGUCACACACCUCAUGGAGUCGGUGGCUACCGCGUCUUCUGCCUCGUCAUCCGCCAUCAUCGCCAUUGGCAAGGAGCUGGCCAGGCUGACAAACAACAUCAUCUCCAGGGCGGCGUUUGGCGGCAAGUGUCGGCAGCAGGAGGCGUACCUCCGAGAGCUCGCCGUGUUGGCUUCGCUCGUGGGAGGGUUCAGCCUGGUGGAACUCUACCCAUCGUCGCGGCUGGUGCGGUGGCUGACCGGCGACUCCCGCGACCUGCGGAGGAGCCACGCCCGGAUACAACGAAUCCUGGCAGAUAUCAUCCAAGAGCGCAAGGAGAAGAAACAAAAUAAUGCCUCGGCUACUGCUACUGCUACUGGUACUCCUACUCCUACACCUAAAGAGGACGAAGACCUGCUGGACGUGCUCCUUAGGCUGCACGAGGAAGACACUCUCGGUUUCCCUUUGACGUCAGAGAUCAUAGGGGCCGUCAUCUUUGAAAUAUUUGGAGCUGCUACGGACACUACUGCUUCCACGCUAGAAUGGGCUAUGGCAGAACUCAUCCGCAACCCACACGUAAUGGCAAGGGCCAAACUCGAACUCCAGCAGAGGCUCGGACACCACCGCAGGUCCACCAUCACCAGCGCAGACCUCGGCGACCUGCACUAUCUUCGGAUGGUCAUCAAGGAGACGCUAAGGUUGCACCCCUCUGUGUCACUGAUACACAGGGCGGCCAUGGAGGAUUGCCAAGUGAUGGGCUACGACGUACCCAGGGGCACCUCCGUAAUGAUCAAUGCCUUCGCUGUUGGCACGGACCCGGCACAUUGGGGUGAGGAUGCAGCAGAGUUCAGGCCGGAGAGGUUCGAGGAGAUGAGCGUGGAGUACUACAAGCAAGGGCCAAAGAUGGAGUACAUCCCAUUUGGAGCGGGCCGUCGGCAGUGCCCUGGAGCCCUGUUUGCGAGCACGACGAUGGAGCUUGUGCUGGCAAACCUCCUGUACCACUUUGACUGGGCGAUUCCGGGUGGGGCAGGCCCAGAGACGCUGGACAUGGGCGAGGUGUUUGGGAUCGUCGUGCAAACUAGGUCCAGCCUGCGCCUGCAGGCAGUAGCAUCUUGUCAUCUACAAGAUCAUUAG